CUCCUUCCCUUCCCCUAAGGCCGCUGCCUCCUCCUCUCCGCGGCCCUCCUCUGCCGCGCCUCAGCCCGCCUCUCCUGCUCGCCUCCACCAAACUCCCCGCCUCCGCCUUUCCUGUCUCCGCCCGCCGCCGCACCGACCGCCGCAGCCCCGCGUUGUCCUCCUUCCUCCCAACCCCCUCCGGGCACCCACGCCGAAGCGCACCCGAGGAAUGGAGCAAGGCGAGAGCGAGGAGGGUCCAUGGUGCUGCUCUCGCGGGUCCUGCUCCCGGAGCCGGACUUCCAGCCCCUCCUCACUGACAUCUCCGGCGGCAAGAACCUCGGUACGGGUUACCCACGCCCGCUCCGUUCCGUCCUGCUCUCCCUGCUUCUUCUCCUGUCAUCACGGAUGAGAUCAUUAGACACACGUCCCUCUCCUCUUUGUCAGGGACGUUGCCGCCGCCCAGGUGUUCGAUGUAUUGCGCGUGUGGGGGCGGGUUUCAGUAACGCGACUGUUCUUUGUUCAUCCAGCCGCCAACGUCGCUCGCCUGCGCCCAUCCCACACCCCACCACCGCCCAUCCCAUCGGGACCUACGCCGCAACGCUUAUAUUCCUCCCGCCGCCGACCAGACCAGCUACUCCACCACAUUAUCCGGUCGCCGGUGCACCGUCGCUCCGCCCCGCCACCGCCAAGACUCGCGAGGUGCCCAGCCACGGCGCGGCGUCCACCGCCAAGACUCGUGAUGUGCCCAGCCACGGCGCGGCGCCCACCGCCAAGACUCGUGAUGUGCCCAGCCGCGCGGGUGCACCAUUGAGUCGCCGUCACGUUUGCGCAAGCAGAAGCCGCAGUCGCCUGUAGGUGAGUUUCUUGCUACAUCCUCCUCCCUUUCCCCUGUCCUAUCUCUUUAAGCGCCAAGAAGAUUCCAAAUUGCAGUGCUAUUAUACGUCUAAUGAAUGGUGUCUAGCUAAUUGCAAUACCUUCUGGAUUGACUUCUUGACACUUGAUGUAGAGAACUGUCAGGUGAUCAGUUGUGAUCUUUAAUUAAAUUAGUCACAGGGAACUGUCACUGCAUUGAAUUUGGAAGCCGAAUAGUGCAAUAUUUAUGUCUUCCAAUUUCUGUACUCUGAUUAUGAAUUUAUACACUAUUUCAGCCCUCCAGUGCUAGGUAUUACUAUUCUUUCCCUGGUGGGUGGAGAAGAAAUUACAAGGGUAGUAGUGUCAGGAAACAACUAAACAUGAUUAGAAUGAUCCGAGCAUCAAAAUUACUUGUUAAAAGACUUAGGAAUUAGUGCAUGAGAGCUAACGAAAUGGAGUGAUAUAACUUGGUGGUGUAGGCUGUGCUGCUUAUGGUUUUACAGGUGCGAAGAUAGGAAAGAGUCGAUGAAUGCUCAAAGGAUCACUUACAGGUUGCGAAGGUACUUUAAGUAGGUUUUGGCAGAGCUGGUUCAGGUGACGUUGAUGGUGUCAUUUUAUUAUCGAGUAUACCAUGUCUGACAUCCAUUUAUUUUCGUACGUUUGAAGAGCUAUAUGGUUGAAAUCAAGAGAAUAAAAAGGUGCAAAUCAGAUGAGGAAAUUACACUGCAGGUCCAUGAACUUGGCAACGAUGUUCAGUUUCAUCCAUUAACUUGAAAACUGUUCAAAUGACUCACUAAAUUUGGCAGCUUUGUUCAUUUUAGUCCAGAUGGCCAAAAUCAGGUGAAAAUCGGCCACGUUGGCAUGUGUCGUGGACCUGGCCGACGUGUGAGGGAGCUUUUCAUAAUUUUCUAGUUAUAGACCUUUUCUGUUUAAUCCCCUCGAAUCUCCAGAAUGGGAAGACACUGCCCUUGCCGGUGAACCCACUUCGGGCCGGAAUACUCGGCGUCCACGCGAAUGGCUCCAUCGAUGGGUUCGUCGGCGGCUACUCGAAUGGCCAUAUCUACGUCACAUGCUUCAUGAUCGAAUUUCGCCCGGAUCUAACCAUUUGGACUAAAAUGAGCGAAGCUGUCAAGUUUAGUAAGUCAUUUGAGGAGUUUUUAAGUUAAUGGAUGAAAUUGAACAUCGCUGCCAAGUUCAUGUACCCGCAAUGUAAUUUCCUCAAAUCAGAUUUGGGAACUCACGGAGGUAUUAACCGGUGCAUUAUAUUUCCACCAUCCAAAUUUUGUUUCCUUGACAUAGUAUUUGGCCUUUGCGUCAUAUUUCCACCCUCGCUAUCUAGUCCACGCGCCACGGCCCACGGACCGGCCCAAUAACUGCACCCACGAUAUCGAUCUGAUCUAUCAUCACGCGCGCCGCCGCCGCCGCCGUCCCUGUAACCACAAAACCAUUCCGCACGCGCGCCGAAACCCGACAGCACGAGGCAAAACAAACCCGUCGGCCGUCGCGCUACCAGGACAGCAAUGGCGGUGCCGCCGCACGUCGCGGUGGUGGCCUUCCCCUUCAGCUCCCACGCAGCCGUGCUCCUCUCCUUCGCGCGCGCCCUCGCCGCCGCGGCGCCUGCCGGGACGACCCUCUCGUUCCUCACCACCGCGGAAUCCAUCGCGCAGCUCCAGAAGGGCGCGCGCCUCCCAGGGAACCUGCGCUUCGUGGAGAUCGCAGAUGGGGUGUCAUCGGGAGGCGCCGUGCUGCCGCCGCCGCGCCGGAUGGAGCUCUUCCUGGCGGCGGCCGAGGCCGGCGGGAUCAGGGAUGGGCUGGAGGCGGCCCGCGCCUCCGCGGGCGGCGCGGCGGUGAGCUGCGUGGUCGGGGACGCGUUCGUGUGGGUGGCAGCGGAUGCCGCCUCCGCCGCCGGGGCGCCCUGGGUGCCGGUCUGGACGGCCGCGCCCUGCGCCCUCCUCGCGCACCUCCGCACCGACGCGCUCCGCCAGGACGUCGGCGACCACGCCGCGAGCCGAGGGGACGAGCUUCUGACCGCGCACCCAGGCCUCGGGGGCUACCGGGUGCGGGACCUCUCCGACGGCGUCGUCUCCGGCGACUUCAACCACGUCAUCAAUCGCCUCCUCUACCGCAUGGCGAAGCGGCUUCCCCAAUCCGCCACCGCCGUGGCCCUCAACACCUUCCCGGGCCUCGACCCUCCCGACCUCGCCGCCGCCCUCUCCGCCGAGCUCCCCAACUGCCUACCCCUCGGGCCCUACCACCUCCUCCCAGCCGCCGCCGCCGCCGCCGCCGACUCACCAGACGAAGCACCAGCAGCAGAAGAAGCAUCCGACCCGCACGGGUGCCUGGCCUGGCUGGACCGCCACCCGCCCCGGUCCGUGGCCUACGUCAGCUUCGGCACGGUGGCCUCCCCGCGCCAAGACGAGCUGCGAGAGCUCGCGGCGGGGCUGGAAGCCAGCGGCGCGCCCUUCCUGUGGUCGCUGCGGGAGGACGCGUGGCCGCUGCUCCCGCCGGGGUUCCUCCGGCUCCCCGCCGGGCUGGUGGUGCCGUGGGCGCCGCAGGUCGGCGUGCUGCGGCACGCGUCCACGGGCGCGUUCGUGACGCACGCCGGGUGGGCGUCGGUGCUGGAGGGCUUGUCCAACGGGGUGCCCAUGGCGUGCCGGCCCUUCUUCGGCGACCAGACGAUGAACGCGCGGUCCGUGGCCCGCGUGUGCGGGUUCGGGUCGGCGUUCGAGGGCCCGAUGACGAGCGCCGGCGUGGCGGAGGCUGUGGGGUCGCUGCUGCGCGGGGAGGAAGGGGAGCGGAUGAGGGCCAGAGCUAAGGAGCUGCAGGCCAUGGUGGGCGCGGCAUUCAGACCCGGCGGCGGAUGCAGGGAGAACUUCGACAGGUUUGUCAAGAUAGUCUGCGGUUGUUUGUGAGUUAAGCGCGCGGCAUUUUUUAUUUUCGCUCAUGGUCGAUCAGGCGGCAUGUUUUGGCUCUUCACUUCACAGGCCCUAUCCAUUUGAUCAUUUUGGAGAGGAUUGUUGAAGUGCUGGGGUAGGAUUAGGAUAGGAUAGGGUAAAGUCAAGGAUAGGAUAGGAUGAAGAGCAAUCUAUAGGUUUUUUAGAAGAGGAGCCUCUUGCAUAUAACUCCUAGUGUACCUUCUCCCCUUCAGUUCUAGUUUCACUGUACUCAAAUUUACUUAUGUAAGCAGAGAUUAUUUAUAGCACUGCUUUUUUCUCAGAAUAUCUUUAUUUGCUAGUACUUGAA